CGCGACUAACGACUCUAUCUUUCUUCGGCUCAAGUUGCAGGAAAAGCAGUGCAAACUCUGCCGUCGUACGCGUGUACUCUGCAGCCACGUAUACGCCGUGCCGAACGCUUUUGGUUCUGAGUGGUCCCUUACCUCUUCACUUCCUCAUUGACAACCGUUCGACCGAAUUGCCCCCACAAUGUCCACCUCGAUCGUCCUUACUCGCGAGCACAUCUAUCCCGCCGUGGCGGUGGUAUCGACCUUCUGGAUAUCAUUUUGGCAAGCCAUCAGGGUAGGAUCUGCGCGUAAGGCCUCUGGGAUCCACUAUCCCCAACUCUACGCAGAGAAGGCGGAUGUUGUGGCAUCAGUGGAAGCGAACAAGUUCAACUGCACACAGCGUGCCCACCAAAACACGUUGGAGUACAUCCCCACCGUUGCUAUUAGCACGGUCAUCACCUCGGUCAAGCACCCGCUCGUGGCUGCUUCCUUGUGUGGCGCAUGGGCACUGUUCCGUGUGCCUUACACCAUUGGAUACAGCACUGGAGAUCCUGCUCGCCGCAACCUCCUGGGCAGUGCUGUAGUGGGAACAGUGAUGUGGCUAGGGCUUCUCGCUGCAUCAACGUGGACCCUUGUUGAGCUCCUGGGCGAAACGCUGUGAACAAUCGCUUCGCGUGCUGUCCCUUGUUUUGUUGUCCACUUUUCAAUACGUAGCCUGGGUGUCGGAAAGUCUGUUUGUAUCCAAGUACAUAUCGCGUUCGAUACUAUGCAAUGUCCGAGC